AUGGAAAUUUUAAAACAGUUUUUCAAUGACAAUCAAUUACAAUGGAAAUAUUUGUUUGGAAUUACUACUGAUGGAGCUCCUGCCAUAAUGGGUUGUAAGUCUGGAUUACAGACUAGGGUGAAAGAGAUUGCUCCAAAUGUAGUUGGUGUACACUGUUUUAUUCAUAGACAGGCUUUGGCAACCAAAACUUUACCAGGUAGUUUGAAAACUGUAUUUAAUCAAUUAGUCAAGUUGGUCAAUUAUAUAAAAUCUUCUGCUCUUAACACUCGCCUUUUUACAAAAUUUUGCUCUGACCUAAAUGCUGAACACAAUAAGUUAUUGUUUUAUACUUCUGUGCGAUGGCUAUCUGCUGGAAAUUUUUUGGAAAGAUUUUUCAUGCUUAGAAAUGAAGUGAAAGAAUUUUUAUGUCAAAUGAAAAGUGGACUGGUAGAAUAUUUUGAAUUUGAUAAUUUUGAAAUAACAACUGCUUAUCUUGUGGACAUCGUAGGUCAUUUUAACAAGUUAAAUUUGCAACUUCAAGGCAAAAAUGCUAAUGUUAUUACACAUUCAGAUAAACUGAAGGCAUUUAUUGAAAAGCUCAAACUGUACAAGACUAGAAUUAAUAAUGGAAACUUGAUCAUGUUUCAAAGUUUAAAUAACAUAAUUGGAGUUAACAUGCUUCCUGAAGUUAUAAAGACAGAAAUAGUUUGUCACCUAGAUAAUUUGAUUACUGAAUUUGGUAAUUAUUUUCCAGAUAUGAAUCUUUUGAGCAGUGAAGUUAUUAUAUCACCAUUUUCUUGUGAGUGA